AUGGAUUCCUCUUCAGAGAAGGUCUCUCCGUUUGAUUUGAUGACUGCUAUCCUAAGGGGCGUGAAAUUCGACCAGUCGAAUGGCUCAUCGGAGGUUCCGCCGGCGUUGGUGACGAUGCUGAUGGAGAACAGGGACUUGAUAAUGGUGCUUACAACCUCCGUGGCAGUGCUGAUCGGGUGCGUCGUGGUGCUAGUGUGGCGUCGGGCUGCCGGAUCGGCCAAGAAGGCCGUGGAGCCGCCAAAGCUGGUCAUACCCAAGGCCGUGGCUGAGCCGGAAGAAGUGGACGGUGGGAAGAAAAAGGUCGCCAUCUUUUUCGGUACCCAAACUGGUACUGCUGAAGGCUUUGCUAAGGCACUUGCUGAAGAAGGUAAUGCGAGAUAUGAGAAGGCCAAGUUUAAAGUUAUUGAUUUGGAUGACUAUGCUGCUGAUGAUGAAGAAUAUGAGGAGAAGUUGAAGAAGGAGACUUUAGCAUUCUUCUUCCUCGCUACAUAUGGCGAUGGUGAACCUACUGACAAUGCAGCAAGGUUCUACAAAUGUUUUACAGAGGGAAAAGAGAGAGGGGAUUGGCUCAAGAAUCUCCAGUAUGGAGUAUUUGGCCUUGGGAACAGGCAAUAUGAGCAUUUCAACAAGAUUGCAAAAGUAGUGGAUGACCUGGUUGCUGAGCAAGGUGGGAAACGUCUUGUCCCAGUGGGUCUUGGAGAUGAUGAUCAAUGCAUUGAGGAUGACUUUGCUGCAUGGCGUGAGUUAGUGUGGCCUGAGUUGGAUCAAUUGCUUCGAGAUGAGGAUGAUGCCACCAUUGCUACUCCAUACACUGCUGCUGUAUUGGAAUAUCGUGUUGUAUUCCAUGACAAACCAGAUGCAUCAGUUCUAGAGAACGGCUCUAUUCAUGCCAAUGGAAACACUGUUCAUGAUGCUCAACAUCCCUGCAGAGCUAAUGUGGCUGUGAAGAGGGAGCUUCACACUCAUGCAUCUGACCGUUCUUGCACUCAUUUGGAGUUUGAUAUUUCUGGCACUGGUCUCUUGUAUGAAACUGGAGACCAUGUUGGUGUGUACUGUGACAAUCUGAUUGAAGUUGUCGAGGAGGCUGAACGGUUGCUAAAUAUGCCUCCAGAUACUUACUUCUCCAUUCACACUGAUAAAGAGGAUGGCACACCACUAAGUGGAAGCUCCUUGCCACCUCCCUUCCCUCCUUGUACUUUACGAACAGCACUGAUCCGAUAUGCCGAUAUCUUGAGUGCUCCAAAAAAGUCUGCUUUAAUUGCAUUAGCGAGUUAUGCUUCUGAUCCAAGUGAAGCUGACCGUCUCAGAUAUCUUGCAUCCCCUGCUGGAAAGGAGGAAUACGCGCAGUGGGUAGUUGCAAAUCAGAGAAGCCUCCUUGAGGUCAUGGCAGAAUUCCCAUCAGCCAAGCCUCCACUAGGUGUUUUCUUUGCAGCAGUUUCUCCUCGCCUGCAACCCAGAUUUUAUUCUAUCUCAUCAUCUCCCAAGAUUGCACCUUCUAGAAUCCAUGUAACUUGUGCAUUGGUAUAUGAAAAAACACCCACAGGACGAAUCCACAAGGGUGUCUGCUCAACAUGGAUGAAGAAUGCCGUGCCUUUGGAGGAAAGCCCCGACUGCAGUUGGGCGCCAAUUUUUGUUAGGACCUCUAACUUCAGACUUCCUGCUGAUCCUAAAGUACCAAUAGUAAUGAUUGGCCCUGGCACUGGCCUGGCUCCAUUCAGGGGUUUCCUUCAGGAAAGAUUAGCUCUGAAGGAAUCAGGUGCAGAACUAGGUCCUGCCAUAUUAUUUUUCGGAUGCAGGAACAGUAAAAUGGACUACAUAUAUGAGGAUGAAUUAAAUAACUUUGUCCAAGACGGUGUAAUUUCUGAGCUAAUAGUUGCUUUCUCACGUCAAGGACCCACAAAAGAAUAUGUGCAACACAAGAUGACUGAGAAGGCUUCAGAUAUCUGGAACAUGCUUUCUGAUGGAGGCUACAUUUAUGUCUGUGGUGAUGCCAAAGGCAUGGCUAGGGACGUACACCGAACCCUCCACACAAUUGCACAAGAGCAGGGAUCUCUGGACAGCACGAAAGCUGAGAGCAUGGUGAAGAAUCUGCAGAUGACCGGAAGGUAUCUACGGGAUGUAUGGUGA